AUGUACCUCGGUGUGUCCAGCAUAGCUACAAGUGUCGUUCUGAUUCGCUGUAAAGAAGGAAAACAGUUCCCAGUGUUCUAUGUCAGCAAAACAAUAGCUGAGCCAGAAAGGAGAUACUCAAAAGCUGAACGAGUGAUCCUGGCUUUGGUAAAUGCAAAAAGGAAACUUGGGCAUUACUUUAAGUCCCAUCAUGUUGUCGUUUUGACCACCUUCCCUAUAAGGACGAUCCUACACAAGCCAGAUCUGUCGAGAAGGAUGACAAAGUGGGUCAUAGAGUUGAGCUCGUUCGACUUAACUUAUGAGCCCAGAACAGCCAUCAAGGGACAGGCAGUGGUUGAUUUCCUACUAGAAUAUGAUGUUGAGGACUUGGUGGAAGAUCAUGAAGACUCCUCAUGGAAACUUUUCGUCAAUGGCUCAUCAAAUCAAAUGAGGGCAAGAAUUGGGAUCAAACUCCAAACACCAGAGGGAACCACACUAAGCCAAGCCAUCAGACUUGAGUUCAGCGAAACCAAUAAUGAGGCUAAGUAUGAAACAUUGUUGGCUGGACUGAAGUUGGCAAAGGAAUUAAAGGUUAAGAGUUUAGUUGUUUUCAGCGAUUCGCAGCUCAUAAUCCGGCAGGACUUCGAUCAAAUCAAGUUCAUCCAAUUGCCGAGAGAGGAUAAUGAAGAUGCCGACCGAUUGGCCUGUAGUGCAUCUAGUUUUAGGGAAAUGUUGGCUAGAGUUAUCCCGGUUGAUGUGUUGAACCAGCCAUCCAUUUUUACUGAACCGUCCAGCUCGAACCCUUGGCAGAUUAACAUUAUACCAUACGAGCCAAGCUGGAUUAAUCCAAUCCUGACUUACAUACGGGAUGGUGUGCUGCCAGAACAAAAAGACGAGGUAGGGAAGAUCAGGUCAAAAGCGGCGAAGUAUGCUAUUCUACAAAAUCAGCUGUACAGACAAUCGUUUUUGGGUCUAUAUUUAAAAUGCGUCACCCCCACAGAAGCGAGGCAGAUCUUGCGAACUAUCCAUGAGGGUGUAUAUGGCAAUCACUCGGGGGGAAAAUCCCUAGCGCAUAAAGCGAUGAGUUUUUGGCCGAACAUGUCAUGA